UACCAAUUGUCUAAAAUAUCCCUUUCCCUUGCCUUUAUAGUAACAGUUCUUUGUCCACUCUUUCCCAUCCCAUUUUUCCUUACCUCACUAAACAAGCAAAACAUGGCUAUUCAUCCAUCCACUCUCUCUAUCUCCAUACUCAUAAUACUCAUGUCCUCCGUCGCCGUAACAUCUACGGCGACAGAGGACAUGUCCAUUAUAACCUACAACGAAAAACAUCACACGAUUGACAAGUCAUCGGUCCAACAACGGACCGAUGACGAGGUCAUGGCCAUGUAUGAAUCAUGGCUAGUUGAACACAAAAAGGUGUACAACGCUUUAGGAGAAAAAGACAAGAGAUUUCAGAUCUUUAAGGAUAAUCUUAAAUACAUAGAUGAACAGAAUGCUAUGGGAAAAAGUUAUAAGUUGGGGUUGACUCAGUUUGCUGAUCUGACUAAUGAGGAGUAUAGGUCUAUGUAUUUGGGUACUAAGGUUGAUGUUAGUCGUAGGUUGUCGAAUAUACAAAGUGGUCGGUAUGCUCCUAAGGUUGGAGAUAGUUUGCCGGAUUCAGUUGACUGGAGGCAAAAAGGUGUACUUGUUGGUGUUAAAAAUCAAGGACAAUGUGGGAGUUGCUGGGCAUUCUCAGCAGUUGCUGCCAUUGAGGCAGUAAACAAGAUGGUGACUGGAGAUUUGAUCUCGUUAUCUGAGCAAGAGCUGGUAGAUUGUGAUACCUCCUAUAACUCUGGUUGCAAAGGUGGUCUCAUGGACUACGCCUUUAAGUUUGUCAUAAAUAACGGAGGACUUGACACUGAAGAAGAUUAUCCCUACACUGCCAAGGAUGGAAGAUGCGACCAAACAAGGAAAAAUGCCAGGGUUGUCACCAUUGACGGGUAUGAAGAUGUUCCUGCUAAUAAUGAAAAGGCACUGAAAAAGGCUGUCGCAGGGCAACCCGUCAGUGUUGCUAUUGAAGCUGGUGGAAAAGACUUCCAGCACUAUAAAUCGGGUAUCUUUACUGGAAAUUGCGGUGCAGCAGUGGACCAUGGUGUGGUUGCAGUAGGAUAUGGUAGCGAAAAUGGAAUGGAUUAUUGGAUCGUGAGGAACUCGUGGGGUGCUUCUUGGGGAGAAAAAGGCUACCUCAGGAUGCAACGAAACAUUGCCAACCCGAAGGGUUUAUGUGGUAUUGCUACAAUUUGCUCUUACCCUGUCAAGACAGGCCAAAAUCCCCCAAAACCACCUCCAUCUCCUCCAUCACCGGUCAAGCCACCCACUCAAUGUGAUGAUUAUAACGCAUGCUCAUCAGGAACGACCUGUUGUUGUGUCUACGAGUACUACAACUACUGCUUUGCUUGGGGUUGCUGCCCUAUGGAGGGAGCUACUUGUUGUAAAGACCAUCGCAGUUGCUGCCCACAUGAUUAUCCAGUCUGCAAUGUUAAAGCCGGUACCUGCUCAGUUAGCUACAACAACCCUCUUGCAGUCAAAGCAAUGAAGCAUAUUCUUGCCAAACCUAUUGGGGCCUUCAGCAAUGAGGGAAAGAAGAUCACUUAUUGAAUUGUCUCAAGCUAGAAUGCUGUGGGAUGUGAUAGCGAAUUUGGGCUAAUAGAGGAUGUAAAAGUUCAUGCUAUGGCUUAAUGUCCUCAUUUGGUACACUGAAUUUGCAAAUUCUUAUUUUCAGCUGAAAGUUGUAGACAUAGGUUAUUCCAAAAGCAGAGGAUUACAAAGUUGCUGCUGUUGAUUUCUGUAUAGUGCUUCUUUAGUGCUUGCAAAUGCACUAGAACAAGAUUGAAACCCGAGCUUGUUAUUCUGCUGUUUCUGAUUAUGUAAAUACUUCUUAUUCCUUCAUCAGGAUGACGAAUAUGCUACUUUCACCAUGAAGUUUAUUAUUCCAUGUGGUGCUUGUACUUUCAUUUCAUUAAUAAUAUCGAAGACUAUAAUUUCCCACA